GACGUAAGCAAAAGCUUCAUUUUCCUUUUUUUGGCCCUUCCCCCCUUCACCAAAUGCCACUGCAAAUAUUGUAUAAUUUACACAUUCUUUUUCUUUAAAUACUCUCUUUGUAUACCAAACUCCAUACCCUUUUGCUCUCAGCCCUUUUCUCUGUCUCUCAGCUUCUCUGUUUCAAGGGGUCAGUGAGUGUAUAUCAGGAAUAAGUGAAAAUGGGCUACUCAAUGGUUCUCAUUAUUAGUAGUCUACUUCUAGUCUUUCAAUUGUCAACUGUAGUUGCGAAAGGCAAAGCGAUUGGAUCUCCAAUCAUGGCUCCAGCACCAGCACCAGGUCCUGAAUACACGAACCUAACGGACUUACUGUCCGUUGCAGGCCCUUUCCAUACAUUCCUUAACUACCUUGUAUCGACAAAAGUCAUUGAGACAUUCCAAACCCAAGCUAACAACACAGAAGAAGGGAUCACACUUUUUGUUCCCAAAGAUUCAGCCUUUACCUCACUCAAGAAGCCCUCACUUUCCAAUCUUACCUCAGAUCAACUUAAGUCCCUUUGCCUUUUCCAUGCCUUGCCACAUUACUACAGUCUAGCUGAUUUCAAGAACCUUAGUGACAUUAGCCCUAUUAAUACCUUAGCUGGAGGAAACUUAUACUCCUUGAACUUCACCGAUGACUCUGGGACCGUUCACCUUAACUCAGGAUGGUCUAGGACUAAAGUUAGCAGCGCUGUUCGCACCACUUAUCCAGUUGCUGUUUAUCAGGUGGACAAAGUCCUUCUUCCUGAAGCUAUUUUUGGGACAGAUUUACCACCAAUGCCAGCUCCAGCACCAGCACCAGUAACGGAUAUCGCCCCUACUGCUGACAGUCCAGCAGCUGAUCAAACAGGCAAAGCUAGAGCACCAGCGUCGCCUGAUUCAUCAUCACCAUCAGCUUCUCACAAGAUGAUGAGCUGGGGCAUUUUGAAUCAUUUGGUUUUGGCAAUUGGUGGUGGAUUCUUGAUGUUUUUCUUGUAAGGAAAAUGAUCUCUCUGGGAGGAAAUUCUGUUAAAUUAAUGUUGAACAUCAUGGUACAUCUGUUUUUUCUUAUUGGUUUUGAUAUACUCCAUACAUUGGGGAUUUAGUAUUGGUUACUUUACAAUAUUUUUGUAUA